GCGCCCGGGGUCACCCCCGCUCCCUUCCUGUUAUUCCCGGUGUGGGGAAGCGGCUCUCCCAGGCGCGGAGGGGCCCGGGGAAGCGCUGGGGCCGGCGGCUCGCUUUCCGCUGCGCCCUUGAAGCGCCGGGCUCCGGAGACCCGAGGACGGGCUCUGGUGGCGUGAAGGGGCGUCGGGGGGCGCUGCCCGUCGGGGAGGCGGAGGCUCCGGCCGGGGCGGGGGGCUGCGUUGUUCGUUCCCCCUCGGCUCCCGGUCUUGGCCGCCUCCCCCGGUGCGGGGCUGCCUCUCCCGCCCCCCAGCCGGCCCCGCCUCGGGCCUCGGCGCUGGAACCGAACGCACCGGGGAGCGAGAGGAGAAUUUGAGAAAUAAAACAUCAUCACCGGCUGAUGCUACACUGGGUGGCACUUGAGUCUGGUGAGCUCAGAGAUGAUUUAGCAUCUAGAGAGAAGGAGAACCUCUACCAAAGACAUUCAGCAGUUGGCAAUCAGUAGACUGUGCACAACAUCAAGAAGCAUCUAGCAGUGUUGAGAGAAGAUGGAAGCAAUGAAGGUUUGGCAUGAUAGUCUGAGGGGAACUGUGGUCAUGGGUGGAAAGGCCUGUCACUUCUAUGAUUAAUUUAAUCUAAUGUUGGCAUGUCAAAACACUGAAGUUUCUGAUGCUUUUUGAAAGCAAUUCACCUUCACCUUGCUACAAGAAUGAGGCCAGCUACUACAAAGAUGAAAAUGAACUAAAGAUUGAGGACAUGAAGCUUCAGGCACAAGGAGAGCAACAAUAAGUAGUGGAUAAAUGUUGAUUAUCAAACAUGAUUGGAGAUGAGGAGCCUUCUUUGUAAGGGUCCUUUAAGGAGAAGCAUGGUUACAGAGGUGGUUGUGAUGUCAUCUAAAAUUCGAAGUGCCUCUUUCCCAGGAUCCUCCUCCUUCUGUCCCUGAAACCGUCUCUCCUGUAGGAAUCUAUGCUUAAACUGGUUUCUGUUGUAAGUUUACCAAAAGAUUAAGAAGAUGCCUCCAAGACCAUCAUCUGGUGAACUAUGGGGCAUCCAUUUGAUGCCACCAAGGAUCCUUGUAGAGUGUCUUCUACCUAAUGGAAUGAUAGUGACUCUAGAAUGCCUCCGUGAGGCCACACUACUGACUAUCAAGCAUGAACUCUUUAAAGAAGCAAGAAAAUACCCUCUUUAUCAGCUCCUUCAAGAUGAAUCUUCUUACAUUUUCGUAAGUGUUACACAAGAAGCAGAAAGAGAAGAAUUUUUUGAUGAAACACGGCGACUUUGCGAUCUGCGGCUCUUUCAGCCUUUUUUAAAAGUAAUUGAACCAGUAGGCAACAGAGAAGAAAAGAUUCUUAAUCGGGAAAUUGGUUUUGCCAUUGGCAUGCCUGUCUGUGAAUUUGAUAUGGUUAAGGAUCCAGAAGUACAGGACUUCAGAAGAAAUAUUCUUAAUGUUUGUAAAGAAGCAGUGGAUCUUCGAGAUGUGAAUGCACCCCAUAGUAGAGCAUUAUAUGUCUGUCCGCCAAAUGUUGAAUCUUCACCUGAACUGCCCAAGCACAUAUACAGUAAACUAGAUAAAGGGCAAAUAAUAGUGGUGAUAUGGGUAAUAGUGUCCCCGAACAAUGACAAGCAGAAAUAUACCUUAAAAAUCAACCAUGACUGUGUUCCUGAGCAAGUUAUUGCUGAAGCAAUCAGGAAAAAAACACGAAGUAUGUUGCUGUCAUCUGAACAACUAAAACUCUGCGUUUUAGAAUACCAGGGCAAGUAUAUUUUAAAAGUGUGCGGCUGUGAUGAAUACUUGCUAGAAAAAUAUCCUCUGAGCCAGUAUAAGUACAUAAGAAGUUGUAUAAUGCUUGGCCGAAUGCCCAACCUGAUGCUGAUGGCUAAGGAAAGCCUUUAUACCCAGCUGCCACUGGAUACCUUUACAAUGCCAUCUUAUUCCAGGCGAAUCUCUACAGCUACACCAUACAUGAAUGGCGAAGCUUCAGCCAAAUCUCUCUGGGUCAUAAACAGUGCUCUCAGGAUAAGAAUUCUUUGUGCCACCUAUGUAAAUGUAAACAUUCGAGACAUUGACAAGAUCUAUGUCCGAACUGGUAUCUACCAUGGAGGAGAACCGUUAUGUGACAAUGUGAAUACUCAAAGGGUACCUUGUUCCAAUCCCAGAUGGAAUGAAUGGCUGUCAUAUGACAUGUACAUUCCUGAUCUCCCACGUGCUGCUCGGCUUUGCCUUUCCAUCUGCUCUGUUAAGGGAAGAAAGGGGGCUAAGGAGGAACACUGCCCAUUGGCUUGGGGAAAUAUAAACAUGUUUGAUUAUACAGACACUCUUGUGUCUGGGAAAAUGGCUUUGAAUCUGUGGCCUGUGCCUCAUGGGCUGGAAGAUCUGCUAAAUCCUAUUGGCGUUACUGGGUCAAAUCCAAAUAAGGAAACUCCAUGUUUAGAGCUGGAAUUUGAUUGGUUUAGCAGCCCUGUAAAGUUUCCAGACAUGACAGUGAUUGAAGAACAUGCCAAUUGGACUAUAUCUCGAGAACUAGGGUUUAACUACAGCCAUGCGGGGCUGAGUAACAGGCUAGCUAGAGAUAAUGAAUUAAGAGAAAGUGACAAAGAGCAACUCCGUGCAAUUUGUACACGAGACCCUCUGUCUGAAAUUACUGAGCAAGAGAAGGACUUCCUUUGGAGCCACAGACACUAUUGUGUAAAUACCCCAGAAAUUCUACCAAAACUACUUUUGUCUGUUAAAUGGAACUCUAGAGAUGAAGUAGCCCAGAUGUACUGCUUGGUAAAAGACUGGCCUCCAAUCAAGCCAGAACAGGCAAUGGAGCUUUUGGACUGUAAUUACCCUGACCCAAUGGUGCGAGCGUUCGCAGUUCGCUGUCUGGAGAAGUAUUUGACAGAUGAUAAACUGUCUCAGUACUUAAUCCAGCUAGUACAGGUUCUGAAAUAUGAGCAAUAUUUGGAUAAUCUGCUGGUGAGAUUUUUACUCAAGAAGGCACUGACCAAUCAAAGGAUAGGACACUUUUUCUUUUGGCACUUAAAGUCUGAAAUGCACAAUAAAAAUGUAAGCCAGAGAUUUGGUUUACUUUUGGAGUCCUACUGUCGAGCAUGUGGGAUGUACCUAAAACAUUUGAGCAGGCAGGUGGAGGCUAUGGAGAAACUGAUAAACCUCACAGAUAUUCUCAAGCAGGAGAAGAAGGAUGAGACACAAAAGGUACAGAUGAAGUUUCUUGUUGAACAAAUGAGGCGGCCAGAUUUCAUGGAUGCUUUACAAGGCUUUAUUUCUCCUCUUAACCCUGCUCAUCAGCUGGGAAAUCUCAGGCUUGAGGAGUGCAGGAUUAUGUCCUCUGCAAAAAGGCCACUGUGGUUGAACUGGGAAAACCCAGAUAUUAUGUCUGAACUGUUGUUUCAAAACAAUGAGAUCAUCUUUAAAAAUGGAGAUGAUUUACGUCAGGACAUGCUGACACUUCAGAUCAUUCGAAUUAUGGAAAACAUCUGGCAAAAUCAGGGUCUUGAUCUUCGGAUGUUGCCUUAUGGCUGUUUGUCUAUUGGUGAUUGUGUGGGACUUAUUGAGGUGGUGAGAAGCUCUCACACAAUUAUGCAGAUUCAGUGUAAAGGUGGUCUAAAGGGCGCAUUGCAGUUCAACAGCCACACAUUACAUCAGUGGCUCAAGGACAAAAACAAAGGAGAAAUGUAUGAUGCAGCUAUUGAUUUGUUUACACGCUCUUGCGCUGGCUAUUGUGUUGCUACCUUCAUAUUGGGAAUUGGUGAUCGUCACAAUAGUAACAUCAUGGUGAAAGAUGACGGACAACUGUUUCACAUUGAUUUUGGACACUUCCUGGAUCACAAGAAGAAAAAAUUUGGUUACAAACGAGAGCGUGUGCCAUUUGUCUUAACGCAAGAUUUCUUAAUAGUGAUUAGUAAAGGAGCCCAAGAAUGUACCAAAACAAGGGAAUUUGAAAGGUUUCAGGAGAUGUGUUAUAAGGCUUACUUAGCAAUUCGGCAGCAUGCCAAUCUCUUCAUAAAUCUCUUCUCCAUGAUGCUUGGCUCAGGAAUGCCAGAAUUACAGUCUUUUGAUGAUAUUGCGUACAUUCGAAAGACACUUGCACUGGACAAAAGUGAACAAGAAGCUCUAGAAUAUUUCAUGAAGCAGAUGAAUGACGCUCAUCAUGGCGGCUGGACAACGAAAAUGGACUGGAUCUUCCACACAAUAAAGCAGCAUGCCUUGAACUGAAAUGAAAGUGAAGAAUUUAAAAAACUGAUAGCCCACUUAUGGGUGCUACGCUGCACUGUUAAUACUUGUCAGCAGCAAAGACUGGUUGCAUAGGAAUUGCACAAACCACAGACGGCAUUAGAAUUUACAGCAAGAGCAGAGAUGAAAUAUCCAGAGGUUCAGAAUAAAAAAAAAAAGGGGGGGUGGGUUUCGGAUAGCACUAAAACUGUUCCCUUCAAAAUUAAGCUUUCGUGUGAUGUGCAAUUUCAUAUUAUGCCUUAAACCCAAAAAGGUAAACUUG